UUUCCAGAGAGCAGGCAAAGCAACUGCGGCAGGCGGCAGCUCCUCAAGCCGUUCCUCAAGGCCAUCAGACAUGCAAGACCUACUCAUGCUCACCUCGACGCUCCUCUUGGCUGCGGCCAUGGCCGUCUUCCUUCGGCACUCAUCGCCAAGCAAGGCGGUGUUGCCGGUGUACACGCGCGUGGCCGGGAGCGUCCGGUCGGCCCUUGCGCGGUGGCUCCGGCAGCCAGCCAUAGUCAUCCGGGACCGUGCCACGGCGCACCGGCUCCUGGUCCGCGGCAGCGCGGGGGGCGCCUUCUCCGACCGCCCUCCGUCCAUGGCGCCCAGCGCCGUCCUCUCGCACCGCCGCUUCCACAACCUCACCUCGGCCCCCUACGGCCCCUUCUGGCGCGUCACCCGCCGCAACCUCACCUCCGAGGUCCUCCACCCGCUCCGCCUCCACCGCUACGCCGCCGCCCGCCGCGAAGCUCUCCGUGGGCUCGUCUCCGACCUGGGCCGCCACCAGUGCGCGUCCGACGGCCCAGAUGCCGGCGGCCCACUGGGCCUAGUCCUCGCGGCGGAGAGCAUCCGGGCCGCCAUGUUCGGCCUGCUCGUAGCCAUGUGCUUCGGUGACGGGGUCGACCCGGGCCUCGUAAGCGCCAUGGCCGACGCGCAGCACGACCUCGUCCAGUUCUUCCCGGAGCUCCGCGUCUUCGCGAGGCUGCCAGGCGUGGCGAGGCUGAUCCACUGGAAACGGUGGGGGAAGCUCGUGGCGCUGCGGAGGAGGCAGGAGGAGAUGUACCUGCCGCUCAUCCACGCGCGCCGCGGCCGGCAACGGCAACCCGGGGAUGAGCCGCCGGCUUACGUGGACACGCUCAUCGACCUCCGCGUCCCUGACGACAACUACAACAACGGCAACAGAAGAAAUAAUAAUACUAGUACCCAGAAGCGAACCCGGCAGCGUAAGCUCACGGACGGCGAGAUGGUGGGCAUGUGCUCGGAGUUCCUGGGCGCCGGGACGGAGACCGUGGCCGCGGCGCUGCAGUGGACCAUGGCGAACCUCGUGAAGCGCCCGCAGAUACAGGACUCCCUCCGUCGGGAGAUCGACGCCGCCGUUGACUCCAACGCCGAGGAAGUCAGCGACGAGGUUCUCCCCAAGCUGGAGUACCUCAACGCGGUCGUCAUGGAGGUGCUCCGGCUGUACCCGACGGCGACCCUGGUGCUCAGGCAAGUAUCAAAGGAAGACGACGUGGUUCACAACGGGCGCCGUGUCCCGGCGGGCACCAACGUGAUGUUCCCGCUGGAGUCUCUGGCCAAGGACGAGACGGCGUGGGAUGAGCCGGGGGAGUUCAGGCCGGAGCGGUUCCUGGCGUGCGAGGGUGGGGAGAGCGUGAGCCUCGAGGCGGCGGCGGGGUGCGGCGGGGAGGUGAUGAAGAUGAUGCCGUUCGGGGCCGGCAGGAGGGUGUGUCCCGGCAUGGGCAUGGCCAUGCUCCACAUGGGGUACUACGUGGCUAACCUGGUGAGGGAGUUCGAGUGGAAGGAUGCCGAGGGGGAAAUGGCUGUUGAUCUUCGCCCGCAUUUUGGGUUCUUCACUGUCAUGAAGCGCCCCUUGCGUGCUCGCCUCGUGCCAUGUCAGGGGAGGCACACCAGCUUGGUGUAAGACUCUACGUUACCUUGUGUAAGUUGAAACAUCCGCUGUGUACCUAUGCAUGCAUUGCAUUUGCAUGCUCACGAUUAAUAAACUCGACCCAUCUGUUUGCACUGCCGACAGUUGGGCUCGCUUUAUGCA